AUGGCACCCGAAGUCUUUGAUAUCAAUCUGCCAGCAAUAGACGAUGCAGAAUUAGAAAGAAAUGUGGAAGAGAAGGUGCAAGAAUUUGUUAAACAUCUUGAAAGUCAGGGUGGACAGAAGGGGCAGAUUGCAGUCAUGUUUCAUGAAAAACGACCAAAGAAAAAUUCCUCCUGGUUUACUGCAAAGGCCGAGGAGGAAGUGUGUUGGGAGCGAUGGGCUGUGACAAUAUCUGUUGUAUAUAGGACUGAAGUGGAUCAAAGAAAUAUCCGUAAAAAAGUAGUCGAAACGCUUUCCAACUGUCUAUUGGAAAUAAUUCGUUAUGUCAACGAAAAAAAAGAUCAUAUUCCACCCAUCACAAAACCGGAUGCAUUUCCAUAUCAGAUUGUUAUCCCAUCAUCAAAUGACUCAUGGAUCUCGUUAUUCAAGUGA